CUUCGCGCUCAUACCUUACCCGUACGUAUUGUACGAGGACAGUACGUCAACCUAGCGAAAGAACCUUCUUCUUCGGUUUUUUCGUUUCCUUUCGUGGACAUUUUGAGCUUCAGUUGGAUUUCGUGCUUCGUCUCAUAGUUGCUCUUCGUACCCAGAAAGUCACAAACAGACUGCAAGACAGGGCUCACCAACGAAAAUAUCUGAGUUGACAAGAUGGCCGAACCCCCAGCAUACAUCAAAGAUGAGGAAGGAAACAUGGUCCGCAAUCCCGACUGGGUCAAGUGGCAAAAAUCCGGCGGAAAAUCUGCGCCCCCAACGGAUGCCGUAGCCGCAGUGGCGAUUGCGGAGGACGAGCCCAAGGGCUUCAUGGCCUCCCUCAAGGAUACUGUGACGGAUAAGAAAUUCUUGGGCGGUGCCGGAGUCGGUUUCGUAGCUGGAGCUGCCACUGGCGCCAUUGCGACCCACCUGGUUCACAAGAACAAGAAGGACAGUGAUUCUGAUUCCGAUUCUGGUUCCGAUUCUGAUUCCGAUUCUGAUUCCGAUAGUGGGAAGAAGAAGAAGAAGAAGAAAAAGAAGAAGAAGAAGAAAAAGAAAAAGAAAAAGAAGGGAAGCUCUUCUUCGUCUUCGUCCUCUUCCUCUUCGUCCUCCGAUUCCGAUUAUUGAAUAGUGAGGAGCCGAACGCUGGUCAAUACAAGAUAAUAUUGUAGGUUAUAAUUAUAAUAUAAUUGCAAGUUGAUU